AUGCGCCGUUCUCCGGAGGGUGCUCAGGCAGCCAAGUAUCGUGCAGAAGCGACUCGGGAUGCUCUGCGGAUGUUGGACAUGCAUGGUGAUAGGCUACCUCUUCUAUCUGACUUGGUUCAUGGCUUUGACUAUCUUGCGCGUGUCGAUGCUGGUGAUAUCAAAGACAACGAUACUGUCUUGAUCCUCUCGCUCGAUGGUGCACAGCUCUAUGCCAACAAGGUCAUGGAUUUCUGGAUGUAUAUACAUCUGGGAGGCUUCAUCCCGAAGAAACCUCAAAACAUAGACUCGUUCGUGUUCCCUGGAAUUCGCCAUGUGGCUGCACUCAUGCGCAAAGGGCUCCGGCUCUGGGAUGCUGAGCGAGCCGCACAAUUCCUGUCCGACCUUUUCCUCUUGUUCGCCAUGGCUGAUAUACCUGGAAUGGCCUACCUCAACAUCAGCCUUCGUGCACCUCUCAAUAUGGUGGAGGCAUCGCACCACUAUGCAGCGAACCUAACACGCCUAAUGGGCGCGAAAACCCAACGCGAGUACGCCAAGCUCCGCCUGGAGACUGGAAUUGCGAAGCCAAGUAUUCUUAUGGGUCUUCCAGCUCGACAAACACUAGGGAUCCCAAACAUGUUCCCUGCCGAUAUCAUGCACCACGGGAGCUUGAACAUACCUGAUCUCCAGCUGAGUCUGUUCCGCAGGACAAUCCAGUGCGACAAGAACAACAACAAGGCUUCUUGGGACUGGGCAACUUUGAUCACGUGGAAGAAGCAUGGCACAGCUGUUGCGGUGAUGACCCCAUACCUCCCUGGCUCCUUUGGCCAAGCACCACACAAUCCAGCAGAGAAGAUCUCAAGUGGUUACAAGGCCUACAGUACCUCUGGACUACUGGCACACUUCACGAAGAUGGUCUCUGGCUACCGGAUGAUUGCUGGUCAUGAGAUAGCUUCGGAAAACUUGGUCUUGGCACACGGGCAGCUCGUGACACGGGCAGAGGAGUUUGAGAAGAAGUACUAUCAACGAAAGCCGGAGCGCUUGCACUUUGUCCGUCAGAGUGUCCAUGGCUUCACCCACUAUCCCUCCGAGACAGAGCGCUGCGGACCAUAUGCGAACUUCUCUCAGUGGACCUUGGAGCGGACGAUCGGCAAUCUUGGCGGAGAGGUGCGGCAGCACUCAAACCCCUUUGCGAAUCUCGCUGAGCAGGGCUACGCCGAUGCCGAGUCAAUGCAUUGCGAGCAAUGUGACGGCUACUCGCUGCGUCGUGCGAAGGACAAGACUGACAACAGCGUCACGGAGGAAGAGGCAGUCGCGAUCAUCGCAUUUCUGGAUGAGCACAAUAUCCCCAUGGACAAUUGGGAAGAGGGUCCAUCCAUAGUUCAAUGGGCUCGACUGGUCUCCCAAAUGGGCAGGUUGCUCGUUCUCUGUGGAAGGAGCACAAGUGACCUCUGGACCGCCUGCGCAUUGCUCGUAACGUCAAGAGGCCAAACAUAUCACCUCCGUGGUGGCGAUGAUCCCGCACCGCAGCGCAUUGGACCAUACAGCAAGGACUUGGAGGGUCGGUAUUUCCUCGUGGAGAAGCUGGGUCUUGAGAGGUACCACAAUCCACUUGUGAAUAUGCCAGACGAUGAAGAUGAGGACGGAGACCAGACCACUGCCGUGAUCAUCAUCAUUCACCUCGCUCGCCAGCGACCUGCGCAACACCGCCUCUAA